CGUGCGCGCUCGCUCCUAACAUUUCCAUUCUUAUUCGACGUAACCCACUAAUCAUCGCAAAACGCGACAUUUUUUACCUAUUUUUUUUCUAACAUUUUUUACCUAAAUAAGAAUAAAAACAAAUAAUGUUAACAAAUUAAAAAAAAUUUAUCGUACAAUUGAAACAUCAAUCAGUAACAAUAAUAAAGACCAAAGAAAAAGAACGUUUUCCGUUUAAAUAUAAAAUUGUUAAUCAGAAAGAUAAGCAAUAAUUGAUUCAAAACUUGUUUGUAAAAUGAGAGGAAGCAAAGUUUCUUCUGAUUUUCGAGUGUCGAUGACAGCUCGUGAAUAAUAAUCACACACGUGACAUCUGACAGGACUAUCGUUUCAAUUCUGGUUUUGUGAGUGCAUUCAUAAUUGCCUGAAAGGAAGAGGACUUUUUUUUAUUGAAACUAGUUGCACAGAUUGCUCUAUUAGCGUCGGAACCGACACGUGGUUCGCAGUCGGCUCUGAAGAGCUAUUUAAAAAAAGUGUCCAAAAAUCGAUAAUUUAAAAAAAAAAAAAGAACGAACGACUUCGAUUACGAACUUUUGGAACGAGUUUUCUUCUUCAGUGGAGAAUAAAACUAUUUUUUCUGAAGACUAUGAUAACAAAUUGUUCCACAUAAAUGUUUGCAUAAUUCAAGAGAUAAUUUUCCGAGCAACUGGAACCUUGAAGCAAAACAUCUCAUUUCUCGUCUCUUGACUUUCUCGAAGACAAAAACAAGAAUUAUCCGUGAGUCGGAUAAAUUGAAGUUUCUCGGGUCUUUUCGAGCCUUGGUAGCCUCGAAAAGAAUUGUGAAUCUUUCAUUAAUUUCGAAUGCUCCAGAGGCAUUUAAACUUUUCCGAUUUUUCCCAACUUUGAAAUCCAGAGCACAGUUUUUAGUUUCCAGACUUUCGUGAGGACAAUAAUUCCUGGAAAAGUUUCGGCCACAUUUUAAGAUGGAAUCAGGAUGUUCGCGUCAUAUUGAAAAAGAAGCACCGGAAGUAUCCUGAAGACGGAACCGAUUCUGGGAGUGAAUUCGCAAAAAUUUAUUGUAAGAGUGAAUUCGAAAAAAGGCGGGAAAAUAUUCAAAACAUGCCGUGGAUUAAGUGUUUAGGAGGUGGGAAAGUGAGGAGAGGGAAACCACUCAGUGUCAGUCAGCCGGUUCAUCUGCUUGUCAAGACUGAAUUUGAACCUCAAUGUCACGUCUUCAGAACUAAAAAACUACGAAAGCCAAGACCAUGUCAACUGUGCCACCAAGCAGUGAUAAAGCAGGCAUCCUGCUGCCGAGCGUGCAAAUUCAUCUGCCACAAAUCCUGCGAGGAAAAGGGAGCGAGAUUCCGGGAUACUUCACAGCAAAUACACAAGCAAUGGCAGGCUGAUCCUUCUCGAGCUUUUCCGACGGUCAGCCAUGUAAGCAGCGUUGAUGGCUCGCCAAGCUCCAACAGCUUCUCUGCCGCGGUAAUUGGUCCACGAGACGUAUCGACGCCGAACACGACUCCUAGUCCCAGUCCUAGCCCGACCAACAGUCAACAAGUCACGCAUAAUGGCACAUACGAUCCACAGCCAAAGAAUGUCAACACUCCUGCAAGCAAGCAUAAUCAUGUGCAGUCGACAGCGCCGUCGGCGACAUCUUCCCCAAGGACACCAGGGGUUGGUGCCGACUCGGUGACAAUAGCAUCCGGCAGGGGUGGUAGGGUACGUGAAGUGAUGGAAUUAUGUUACGUCACGGAAAGGAUUAUUGCUCUUUGGUAUCGGGAAGAUGAGCAAGGAGCCCUAGAACAUGCUACAUCUCUUCUUCGAGGAAAACACGCCAACAAUUAUCUGAUAUUUAAUUUAUCUUCGCCUUGUCGAUCUGGUGAGCCGAACACGCGGGAAGUAGGAUGGCCACAAGGAUUAGCACCAAGUUUGGAAAGACUUUGCGCACUUUGCAAGGAGCUGGACUCCUGGUUAAAUGGAGCACCGAAUAGAGUCGUAGUUUUACAUGCUAGAGGGAGCAAGGAACGACUGGGAGUAGCAGUUUCCGCCUACAUGAAUUAUAGCAGCAUUUGCGGGACACACGAUCAAGCUCUCGAUAGGUUUUCUAUGAGAAAGUUCCUGGAUGACAAAAUCGGCCCACUCAAAGUACCAUCGCAUCGAAGGUACGUUGAGUACUUCAGUGGACUGCUUUCUGGAUCCCUACGCAUCAGUCCAUCACCAUUAUAUCUAACCCAUCUGACCGUUUUGGGUGUCCCUCUUUUCGAACCUACAGGAUGUCGAGCUUUCCUGAAGGUGUACGAGGGUCUCACGCCAGUUUACACCUCCGACCUUUAUUCCGUAACGAACGCACGAGAAUUUACUGUGAAUCUCGGCGGUCUGCGUUUGAGAGGAGACAUUCUUGUCAAGUGCUACCACAGAGUGUACUCCAAGCAGAGCCGAGAAGUUAUGUUCUCUCUUCAGUUCCACACAUGCGUUAUCACGGAAAAUGUCGUCUCAUUUCCCCGCUCGGAACUGGACGUUGCUUGCGAUGAUCCAAGGUGUCCAGCAGACAACGUAGUUUCGCUCUAUUUUGCGACCGACGCAAGGCGUCUAUAUGGCCCAAUUCCGGCUCCAACUCCUGCGGUGCCUCACGCCUCGGCACACCACGACCCAAUAUUGCAUUGGGAUAGUUAUACGAAUCUUGAAAUUAACGAUGACGAAGGUCGAGAAACGCCACUCUCACCACCUCCAAAUUCUAGCUGUUCCUUACAAACGUCUCCACGGGGAUUGGGAUAUACUUGUGGACCAAUCGAUGGAUCUCUCUACGCCGUGGUCCACCAAGGUACCGGAGGUGGGGCUCGUGGUUCCCCACUGACGGUUUCCAUGGAUAGUGGUAUCAGCAGUGCACCUCCUCAACGACCCAGUCCUCCGGAAAUCGAAACCGAGAAUCAAGCUCAUGGUGACCUUGACAAACUCCUACAUGAUAUGAUGCUGACUGUUGAGUCAAUGCCAGAUCCCCCGACGGACGACUAUCAUCGAUCAGACAGAAACGGAAAGACAUACGCCCAAGAGCCUCGCAGUUACAGCAGCCACGGCAGUCAUCCCACUUCCUCAAAUUAUUCGACCUUGAAAGAUUCGUACAGAAGUUACAGUGCCGCAAAGGAGUCCAGUCCUCCCUACAAUUCCAGCAGCAGUUACAGCACCUUGAAGAACGAUUACAGAGACCCGCCUUCCGUCCUCAAAGAAACUUUUGUGGGCAGAGAGAACGGGGGGAGGACUCACGACCUGGUCGAUUUUCGAGGAUCUCCUGAUCGAAAGGAGUCUAUGAACGACUCCUACCGACAGCAGACGGAUUCCUUCUCGCCUCCUGGGAAUAUAGACUUCAUCGAUGAUGAAAUUCCUUAUCACGCGAGGCAAACUAGUCAACCCUUCUCGUAUGGUGCCACUUCAGAUAUGAUCAAACAACAGAAACUGUCCUCGCCUUCCUUGGUGAGGAAGGCCUCGGUACGAGGAGCCGCACCAGUUGUUGAUCUAGAUGACAUCCUUGGGGAAAAUAGCAGAAGGCCCAUUAGUCCUCUCAAUACCAAGACGCCAGAUCCGCCACCGGAAUUCGCUAAUGGUUCGAGCAAGCUAAACUCUGACCACAUGGAUGGUUUGUCAUGGUUGAGACAACAACAGUUGAAACUUGCUGCAAGGAGGGACGAGAGAAAUCCAUCAAGAAUAUGGAGACAGGAAGCGGGAAGUCGAAUGCUUGGCGAAUUGAAAAGCGUGCAAAGAUCACGCUUGAGGCACGAUGGAUAUGCUAGUGACUCGGCGGUUCUAGAUGAUGAAGACGAUAUCUGGACAAUCAACCCAGUUUCGGGUCACAAUUCCGUCAGAACUGCUGCCUACACAUCCGCACCAGCAAGUCCUUUACUUCCGCAGCGGUCAAGCAGCAGAAAAUUUAAUGGCAGCGGAAACUCAACACUCGGAAGACCAAGAGCAGAAAGUGUAAAUGAAAGACCCUUUGUCGCCGUGAAGAGGGCCUACGAUUUCCGAAAAUACAAUGAAAACCAGAGCCCUCCGUCAUCCCCUCGUGCGGCCUUAGUCGCAGCACCACCCCUAGGCCUAGUAAACCUUUACCAAAACUCAAAUCGUACGGACAAGCAGAAUCAGCAACAACAACAGCCACAACCCCCUCGACCAGAAUCUCGAAGCGACAGCUUCGCCCGAGCGGAAACACUUCUGAGGGAGUACCGGCAGACCAAUAACAACCACAUAGACUCUGUACAAGUACAAGACAAGUUCCCGAAGCCAGGACAACUGGGAUCUCAAAAUGGGGAAAAGGAAGGGGAGUCGUAUAGUGAAAACGGCUACUCGACAAAUUACAAUUCGAUCAUCACCAGCAAUGGAGUUAAAGACUCGAUGGAUGCAGGUCUACUGGCAGUUGUGGAUCAGCAACAAGCCAGACAGAAUUCGGCUGACCCUCUCGUGAGCCUCAUUCAGUCCUUGGCCGACAUCUCAUCAAUUCAUGGAUUAUCACCCACUAACAAAAAUGGUCAUGCGAAUUCAGUCACAACAUCCUCUGCUGCCGCCAUCAACACGAACAAUACCACUAACAGUUCCCCUAAUCAGUCACCAAAAGCAUGGCAGAAUAGUAUCCAGUCCCACAAUGAUUCCUCGUCAACGUGGACAGAGAGAAGCAUUAGUCCCGGAAGCGUGGGCGUUGGGGGCGCCUCUCGACCACAGACUCCGGCAUUUCCGGUUCAUCCACGCACUCCUUACGUGAAUAAUUCCUCACCUACGGUGACCUUUGCAUCGGAUCGAACCUACAUCACGCCGAAUAAUAUCAACAACUCUGGGUAUAAUAUCAACAACAACCACAUUGAUUCCGGGCUCGGCAACAUGAACAACAACUACAUUGAUCGUGCAAUUUAUAUUGAGGAGCGCAGAGAAAUCUCCAGGGAGACGGGACUUCCCCCCAAGAGUCCGACAACUCAGCGACACUUGAGUUUUCCGGAAAGCGGCUCUUUUAAAGAAUCGCGUAACAAGCGAUGGCCGCAAACUAACCUCUCGGCGUUGUACGAUCCUAGCAAGGACCGGCCCGUCUCUCCACUCGUUGAAUCGACAGGAUCGCAAUUGCAUACCAUCAGCCGCAGUCCGGGUACUCCAACCCACAUCGAAUUUCCUCAAAGCCCUAAGUCUGCAACAUCGUACAACUCCAUUAACAGUGGAGGUCACUUAUCUCCAAUGGUUCAGUAUUACGGAUCGAGACGUUCUAGUAUUCAUUCAAAUACGGAACCUCAAGAAGUAGCGGAUGUUAACGUCAAAUUUGUUCGCGAUACCAGCAAGAUUUGGUAUAAACCAAAUAUAUCCCGAGAGCAGGCAAUAGCAAUGCUUAAAGAUGCAACGCCAGGUACGUUUGUAGUCCGAGACAGUAAUUCGUUCCCUGGAGCCUUCGGUCUUGCCCUGAAAGUGGCAACUCCACCUCCUGGAGCCCCAAGUAGUCCUCGAGACCCAACUAGUGAACUCGUGAGGCAUUUCCUGAUUGAGCCAACAUCCCGGGGAGUGAGACUCAAAGGAUGCGCCAAUGAGCCAGUCUUCAGUUCUCUUUCCGCUUUGGUUUAUCAGCACAGCUUGAUGGCAAUGGCUCUGCCCUGCCAGUUGCUACUUCCGGAACCGGACGCUGCUGCCAGGGCACUCGACUCUCCAGGAACAAAUAGUGCGCAACAGCUUUUGGCGCAAGGAGCUGCUUGCAACGUGCUCUAUUUGUUCACGUUGGAUACUGAGUCACUAACCGGACCUCAGGCUAUCAAAAAGACAAUCGCAAUGUUGUUCGAUCAGAAGCCCGUACCGAUUGCAACCAUCGUGCACUUCAAGGUCUCCACACAGGGCAUCACUUUGACUGAUAACGCCCGCAAACUUUUCUUCCGCAGACAUUAUCCGACGAAUAAUAUUAGCUACUGUGGCCUUGAUCCCGACGAACGUACUUGGAAUUUCGUCAGCGAGGAAUCUGGACGAGCUCUUAGCGCACACCGCUGUUUUGGAUUUGUGGCAAGAAAACCGGCUCACAAAUCCGACAACCAGUGCCACAUCUUUGCAGAAUUGGAACCCGAACAACCUUCUGUGGCUAUUGUAAAUUUCGUCAAUAAAGUAAUGAUGGGCAAUGCUCAUGUGAAAGCGAACAUUGUCUGAGCGAGCCCCAAUGCAAAAGUUAACAAUCGAGCUCAGAUAACUCUUAAAUUUAGUCUCUUCUUUUAGUUAGUUUAUCGUCGAUGAUUAUUUCUGAAUAGUGGUAUCAACAGUUAGGUAUUACCCCGUUGUCUACAGUAGCUAUUAUUAAAUUAUUGGGUACCAAAGCUACUACCACUACCAUAUAAUUCUUCAGUAAGUCGCAAAAUCGUUAAUUAGGAUCAGAAAAUGAAACAUUUUAGAAGUUUUCCUAAAGUAUUCAAAACUAGAGAGUGAACAUAAUCUAGACAAACUGAGGCAUUAAUUAUCCGAGGGAAAAAUCUACUUUCGUCCCGUGUUGCAUAUAGUAUUUUAGUCCACUCUUGGUCGUGGCCACCUUUUGGCCCUGAAAACGGGUCCGAGGAAUUUUUCUAUGGCUUUGUUCGCGCCUCGCAUUUUGAUCGACCAAUUUUUAUUUUCGCCCCGCUGAUUUUACUUUCGCCCCGCUGAUUUUACUUUCGCCCCGCUGAUUUUAAUUUCGCGCCGCUGAUUUCAAUUUCGCGCCGCUGAUUUUACUUUCGCCACGCUGAUUUAACUUUCGCGCCGCUGAUUUUAAUUUCGCCCCGCUAAUGCGGUUUGCGGGAAAUAUAUGCUACUAUCGCCCCUAUUUUUGGGAGCAAAAGCUGGCCAUUUCGGUGGAGUGUGGAAUAAACAUAUUCAAAUAAAAUAAAAAUCCAAGUCCCAUUGUUGCCGGCCUCGUGAAGAAAGUUAUUAUCUACAGUUUUCCGUAGAUAGCAAUAUUUCUUCACCAGGAGAGCAGAUCCCAUAACCGAAAAUCGAUGAUACAAUUGGAUGGACAAAACUUUUUCCUCAGACGAGAAUCUCUUACAGGCUAACGGAAAUUGUAUGAUUUUAUUUCAUAUGAAGCAGAUUUCGAAAAAUGAAGGUAGGAAUGAAAUUACAGUCCUUAAACAAAAUUAAGGACUCGAAUUAAAUGACGUCUACCACGAUACAUAAGAGACUAUUCGAGUAUAUCAAGAAUGUUAAUUGUUGCAAGCCAAUAUUGUUAUUAUAUUAUUAUCGUAAAUGUCGAUAUUCGAGAAUGUUUAUAACUUGUACAUAACACUAAAGCCUUAAGAAGAGUAGUACUAAGUUUUCAUUAAUCGGAAAGCCCGAGUGACUGAGAUAGAUGGAAAAGGGAAAGGAAAGAAUCUAAGAGAGGUUUAUUUACGAGUAGAAAAGUAGAUUAAAAUAGGAUAGUGGAACUCUUUGAAAAGCAUCACAGAAUUGAUUUGAUGAAUUGUGUUCUUGCCAUUCAAAAUCACUCUCCUGGAGGGCCGGAGGCUCGCUACAUCAACCAAGAUCAGUUUUACGAGAGUGAUUGUCAGCAGUCAAUUAAUAAUCGAAUAAGUACGACAAUAUCAAUUUCCUUUUUCUUACUGGACAAAAAAGAACCAAAGUGGCUUCUAACUCUAUCGGACAAGCUUUUAUUAAAAAUUUUCACGACGUUUUGAAAACUUUGUAUUUUUAUCAUCUGAGGAACUGAUGGAUAAAAUUUUACAUUGUAGAAAAGGUAUAAAAAUAAAGGAACUUAUGAAA